GGAACUGCCAGACUGGAUCAGACACUAGGUCCAUCUAGUCUAAUAUCCUGUCUGACAGAGGCCAUAACCAGAUGUUUAAGAAGAAGGUGGAAGAAUCCCAUAGGAGGUAGAGACUCAACCCAUGACAGACACCGAAUGGAGAAACCAAACGACCAUCACAGAAUUUAUCCUCCUGGGAUUCGGAGAUCUCUCUGACCUGCAAAUUCUUCUUUUUCUAAUGUUCCUAGUGAUCUACAUGGCAACCGUGGUUGGGAACACUCUCAUCGUGGUGCUUGUUGUGACAGAUCAGCACCUCCACACCCCCAUGUACUUCUUCCUGGGGAACUUGUCCUACUUGGAAACCUGCUACACCUCAACCAUCCUCCCCAGGUUACUGGCCAGUCUCCUGACUGGGGACAGAACCAUCUCAUUCAGUGGCUGCUUCACACAAAUGUAUUUCUUUGGGUUUCUGGUAGCUACGGAAUGCUAUCUCCUAGCAGCGAUGUCUUAUGAUCGGUAUUUAGCCAUAUGUAAACCCCUGCACUAUUCAACUCUUAUGAAAACCAGGUUUUGCCUCCAGUUGGCUGCUGGGUCAUGGUUAAAUGGUUGUUUGGUUACUGUCGUCUUUGUCUUAUUCCUAUCACAGUUAACUUUCUGUGGCCCAAAUGAAAUUGACUAUUUCUAUUGUGAUGCCCUCCCAUUUAUGGAGCUCUCCUGCAGUGACACGCACUGGUUAGUAUUGUUCAAUUUCAGCCUAUCCUGUGUAUUCACCCUGCCUCCAUUCCUACUAACUCUGACAUCCUAUGUGUGUAUCAUUGCCAGCAUCCUGAGUAUCCCUUCCACCGCUGGGAGACAAAAGGCCUUUUCCACCUGCUCCUCCCAUCUCAUUGUGGUGACAAUUUACUAUGGAACCCUAAUGAUUGUCCAUAUGCUUCCAAACCACAAUACAUUAAGCCUCCUGAACAAAGUGCUCUCUCUUUCCUACACAGUCAUGACUCCCCUGGUAAAUCCCCUCAUCUACAGCCUGAAAAACAGAGAGGUUAAGGAUGCCUUGAGCAAAGCAGUCAGUAAAUAUGGGGCUUUCACAAAAACAUGCUGAGACUUUGUCUAAAUCACCCAGGCAGCUUGAAAACCUCAGGCUAUCAGCUCCCAUUGAAAUUAAGUUGAAAACUCCCAUUGGAAAUCUCAGCACUAAUAUGAAAAAAAUGGAGAUGAUCUGUAUGGAGUUACUGAGACAGUCUUUGUAGUCCAGUUCUGCCUCCAUGUUACACAACAUAUAGCAAAGUGAGGUUGCGGACAGCUGUCACUCUCUCAUGUUCAGCACUGAGACACACAGUAUGAUUAUAUUUUUCUCCAUCGUGCUGGCUAAAUGUUCACCCUAUAGGAUGAACUUGUACAGUGUUUGAAAAUGCACAGAGCUGACAUUGUAUAAGGCGCUAAACCUGCUAAUUAUCCAAGUAAAUCCCUGUGUAUAUCCCCUGUUCAUUGUUUCGCUAUGUUAGAUAAUAAAGUCUUGUCA